AUGGCUAUCCUGAACUAUACAGUUGACCCUGCCGUCCCAGCCGAGAUCAAGAAAGGCAUUGACGAACUCUACGAUCUCGCCGACAAAAGGGACAAGUGCGCCGAGUGGGCGAGUUACUUUAGCAAGGACGCCAAACUGGUCAAGGGAGACCUUCAGCCCGCCGGCAUACCUUCUCUGGUAGAGUACAUGGAGGGCAGCUGGAAGAACACCGAGUCCCGUAUCCACGACGUAAAGAAGGUCUCCGUCCUGAACAAGUCUCCUCUUACCCUCAAGAUUGAAGGUGUCACCACCUACCAGCGCACCGGCAACAAGGAGCAGAAGGGCACAUGGACUGCCGAACAAAGCUAUACCCAAGAGAAUGGUUUGUCUAAGAUUGACGUAUACAAAAUUGUAUUUGUAAGUCGAACCCAAUAG